GUGUGUGUGUGUGUGUGUACAAGUGUGUGAAAACUGACUACAUGUUGAUGACCGAAGCUAACGUCUGGAGUCAGAUCAGAAAAGCUUAGGAAUAACGGCUUGACCCGUGGAAGAAGUGUGAUUCUCUCCGAAAUAAGCGCAGGUUUUGGUUUUUUUAAUGACACAUCAAGAGGAGACACAAGAUCUGUAAAUAAAAUAUAUGUCAACGGAACUUGACAAGGAUUAAAGAUACAGAUAACCACACAAGAAGAAGGGAAUAUUUUCGGGACUCGUAAUAUGAAAAAGGAGCAGGAGCAGGCCGAAACAUUAGGUUUUGUCCCUCAAAAAGACGUUGUCUACAAUAAACUCCUUCCUUAUGCAGAGAAACUAGACGCCGAAUCCAAUGACAUUUUGUCCAGAAUCAAAGGGAACUUGGGUCGCGCUAUCCAGCUCAGAGAGUUAUGGCCCGGAGUUUUGUUUUGGACAAGGAAACUCUCAACGUACCUUCGUCUUAAUGGGAGAAAGUUCAGCAAAGAGGACCAUGUGCUCUUCAUUAAGCUUUUGUAUGAGCUGGUCACCAUUCCUGAGCUGGAAAUCAGCAUGUUGCAGGGCUUUGCUCGACUCCUCAUCACCUUACUCAAAAAAAAAGAACUGCUCUCACAGGAUGACCUCGAGUUGCCUUGGAGGCCUUUGUAUGAGCUCUAUGAGAAGAUCCUUUACUCUAAAACUGAACAUCUUGGUCUCAACUGGUUUCCAAAUUAUCAAGCAGAAGCCUCCCCUAAACAAAAAAUGCUUAAUUUUGUGCGCAAGCGCUCUGUGGAGAAUGUGUUGAAGACGUUGGUGAAGAGUUGCAGAUUGUAUUUCCCUGUGUCAGCCACGCAAGAGAUGUUAGAUGAGUGGCGCCCACUACUGUGUCCGUUUGAUGUCACUAUGCAGAAAGCCAUCAGCUACUUUGAGCUAUUCCUCCCCACCAUCAUGCCUCCAGAGCGGCACCACAAAGGCUUCAAGUUAUGGUUUGAUGAACUGAUGGGUCUUUGGGUCUCAGUACAAAAUCUACCUAGCUGGGAGGGGAAUCUUGUGAACCUUUUUGCCCGGUUGGCCAGUGACAACAUUGGCUACAUAAACUGGGACCCUUAUAUCCCCAAGAUUUUCACCAGAAUUUUGCGAAGCUUCAACUUGCCUGUAGGAACAAGUCAGAUGGUGGUUCCUAAGUACCUCACCAACUCUUAUGACAUUGGCCAUGUUGUUCUCUGGAUCUCUGCCAUGCUGGGAGGUGUUCAGAACCAAGCCCAGAAGCAGCUUGAUGGCCUCUUCAACAGCAUCGCCUCCUUCUACCACCCUUCCAACAAUGGCCGCUGGCUGGUGAAGUUGAUGAAGCUUCUGCAGCGUUUGCCAGCAAGCGUGGUCAGACGGUUGCAUCGUGAGCGUUACAAGAAGCCUUGCUGGAUCACACCAAUACCCUACAGCCAUCGUCUUACUGAUGACAACAUCACAGAGUUUGUGGAAAGCAUGAAACAACCAGUUCUAAUGGCCAUGUUCAGUAAGACAGGCAGCAUGGAUGCAGCUCAAGCACUGCAGAAUCUAGCACUGAUGAGACCAGAACUGGUUAUUCCUCCUGUGUUGGAAAAGACAUACCCUGCCAUGGAGACUUUAACAGAACCCCACCAGCUGACAGCUACUCUCAGCUGUAUGAUCGGUAUGGCUCGCAGCCUGCUGAGUGGCGGGAGACACUACCCAGAAGGCCCUGCUCAUGUGUUGCCACUGCUAAUGAGGGCCCUGCCUGGCGUAGACCCCAAUGAUUUCAGCAAGUGCAUGAUAACGUUCCAGUUCAUUGCUACCUUUACUACCCUUGUGCCUUUGGUAGACUGCUCCUCUGCCCUCCAUGAGCAGAAUGACUUGACAGAGAUGGAGAGAGAGUUGUGUUCAGCCUCGGCUGAGUUUGAGGACUUUGUCUUGCAGUUUAUGGAUAGGUGCUUUGCAUUGAUUGAGAGCAGCACUCUAGAGCAGACACGAGAAGAGACAGAGACAGAAAAAAUGACUCACCUGGAGAGCCUAGUGGAGCUUGGCCUGUCCUCCACCUUCAGCACCAUCCUCACUCAGUGCUCCAUGGAAAUAUUCAAGGUGGCGCUUGAGAAAGUCUUUAACUUUGCCACUACCAACAUCUUUGAGACACGUGUGGCAGGUCGAAUGUUAGCAGACAUGUGCAGAGCAGCAUGUAAGUGUCAUCCAGCUGAAUCCUUGAGACUGUUUGUGCCCCACUGCUGCAAUGCUAUCAGUCACAUCACUACUAAUGAGGAUGUUUUGCAUGAAGAGGAACUGGACAAGGAGCUGCUGUGGAACCUCCAGCUGCUUUCUGAGGUGACCCGUGUGGAUGGAGAGAAGCUGCUGCCAUACCGUACAGAGUUGGUGCAGAUCCUGCAGCUGACCUUGUGGCUGCGCUCUAAGCAGGGUUACAGUCUGGCCUGCAACCUACUGCAUCAUGUCCUGCGUUCUAUGGCCCUCACCUACCCCACAGACUACUGCAGCGUGCCUGGUGGCUUUAACAGACCACUGAGCGAAUAUCUGCCCAUUAAGGACUGGGGCCGUCCAGGUGACCUGUGGAACCUGCAGGUCCAAUGGCAUGUGGCUAGUGCAGAGGAGAAGGCCUUUAUCUUCUAUAUAUUAGACCUUCUGCUCCAGCCAGAGCUGCAACGCCUGCAGCGAUAUGCCCAGGGCGAGCAGAACAUGAGCAGGGAUGAUGUUCUACAGAGCCUGUCGAUUGUGCACCACUGCUUGCUGGGGGCUGGCUGCAUGUUGCCCCCUCUGGAUGGACUCCCUGUUACUAACCUAGUUCAGAGCAUAGUUAAUCUAGAGGAGACAAAGCUCUACAUUGGGGUUGAAUAUGAUGAGUCCAGAGAGAACUACAGAGAUGCUAUCUGUAAAGUCAUAAGACAGCUAUUGCAUUACAUUCUGGAACAUUCAGAGGAUGACACAAAGUCCCUGUUUGCCAUCAUUAAGAUAAUCAAUGACCUCAUGCAUUUUAAAGGCACCCACAAGCAUGAGUUUGACUCUCGUUGGAAGAGUUUCACUUUGGUUAAAAAAUCUAUGGAGAACCGACUGCAUGGAAAGAAGCAACACAUACGAGCUCUACUCAUAGAUAGAGUACUUCUGCAACACGAGAUGCGUAAGCUUCUAGUGGAAGGCUGUGAAUACAAAACUGUUCACCAGGAUCUCCUCAGGGACCUUCUGCGUUUGUCCACUAGCACCUACAGUCAAGUCCGUAGUAAAGCUCAGAGUGUUUUGUUCACUGCUCUGGGAACUUAUAACUUCUGCUGUCGAGACAUCACUCCUCGGGUGCUGGAGCUGCUGGAGCCAUCACGGACCAAUGUCACCCAGCAGCAGAUCAAGGGUGCUCUGUACUGUCUGUUGGGGAAUCAUGGAGGUGUUUGUCUGGCUAACCUGCAUGAUUGGGACUGCAUUGCUCUGACAUGGCCAGCCAUAGUACGCUCAGGCCUCAAUCCUGCCAUGUCCCUGGAGAAACCCUCCAUUGUCAGGCUCUUUGAUGACCUUGCAGAUAAAAUCCAUCGCCAGUAUGAGACAAUUGGCAUUAACUUCACUGUGCCCCAGAGCACGGUGGAAAUUGGCUGCAAGAUCGCAGAUUCCAGUAGCCCUGAUGCUCACAUGCGUCCACCCUCAGAACAGGAAGUGGAGCAGGGACUUGCCUUGGAGCAAGCCAGAAAUCUGGAGGCUGUGCGGAAUUAUGAAAAGCUGGUUCAUGAUCUAUUAGAAUGCCUCAAUGAAAGAGACCUGCCAUGGAAGUUUGAGCACAUGGGUAUUGGUUUCCUGUCUCUGCUACUGAGAGAUGACCAUCCACUUCCUGUCCCGGCUGUGCGCUUCCUUGUCCAGAGUCUUAAUCAUGACGCACUUGUUGUGCGCAAGAUGGCAAUAUCUGCUGUAGCAGGAAUCCUCAAGCAGCUGAAGAGGCCCCGCAUUAAAGUGGACAUCAUACCCAGUGACCUCAGUGGGGUGAUGGAGCCAAAGGAACUGGUAGCUGGAGACAGGCCAGGAAACGACUGGCUUCAAUAUCAUGCUGAUAGCGUGCCUCGCACUCAGCAGGACUGGGACAAUUUCUGCUUUGUGGAGAAGACUCACUGGGGUUACUACUGUUGGCCAAAGAAGAUGAUUAUAUAUGCUCCUGUAGAGCAGCAGCUGAAAGACCUCAGGCCAGAGGAGAUGAAUGAGAGUGAACGAAUCAUCUAUGACCAUUUCUCUGAUCCCGUGUUCAUCAAUCAGCUCAUCGAGUUCUUGUCACUCGAGGACCGCAAGGGAAAAGAUAAAUUUAACCCACGUCGCUUCUGCCUCUUUAAGGGUCUAUUCAGGAACUACAGUGAUGCCUUCCUGCCAGUGCUUAAACCUUACAUGGAGCGUUUGGCUGGUGAUUCCCACGAAAGUACGCAACGGUGUGUGGCUGAGAUCAUUGCUGGCUUAGUGAGAGGCAGCAAGCACUGGCGCUUUAGUCAGGUGGAGGCCCUGUGGCAAUUCCUGAUUCCUUUGAUGCGAAGAGCACUAUCCAACAUCACAGUGGAGAGCUACACUGACUGGGGCACAUGUGUAGCUACUGCCUGUGAGAGCAGGGACCCACGGAAGCUUCACUGGCUGCUGGAAAUGCUGAUGGAAUGUCCGCUUAGUGGAGAAGGGGGAUCCUUUGUAGAUGCUUGUCAUCUGUAUGUGCUACAGGGGGGACUGGCUCAGCAGGAGUGGAGGGUGCCAGAGCUGCUGCACAGGCUCCUGACCUAUUUGGAGCCCAAACUCACUCAGGUGUACAAGAAUGUACGAGAGCGUAUUGGCAGUGUGCUGACAUACAUUUUUAUGAUUGAUGUCAGUCUGCCAAACACUCUACCCACAAAGUCCCCUCACGUAACUGAGUUCACUCAAAGAAUCAUGGCUUGCCUGAAACCACUGCUGGAAGGAGAAGAGGAGAUCCAAAACCAUGUAGUGGAAGAAAAUGUAGUGGGUGAGCUGGAUGAAAGAACUCAGGCCAUCAAACUGCUCAAAACUGUACUGAAGUGGCUGAUGGCCAGCGCUGGCCGCUCCUUCACCACUCCAGUAGUUCAGCAGCUCCAGCUUCUGCCUCUGCUUUUUAAGAUUGCUCCUGUAGAGAAUGAUGACAGCUAUGAUGAACUGAAGAGGGAUGCGAAGACCUGCUUGUCUCUCAUGUCCCAGGGCCUCCUCUAUCCAGAGCAGAUACCUCUGGUACUCAAAGUGCUGAAUGAAAUUGCAGGGAGCAGCUCAUGGCAUGCCCGCUAUUCUGUGCUCACCUAUCUGCAAAUAAUGGUGUUCUACAACCUGUUCAUGAUAUUGAGCAAUGAACAGGCAGUGCAAAGUGUGCGAGCACUUGUCAUCAAGCUACUGGAGGAUGAGCAGCUAGAGGUGCGAGAAAUGGCUGCCACUACUCUGAGUGGUUUCCUGCAAUGUAACUUCUUGACCAUGGACAUCUCCAUGCAGACUCAUUUUGAGACUCUAUGCAAAACCAGACUGCCUAAGAAAAGGAAGAGAGAGUUGGGCUCUGUUGUAGACACCAUACCCUCAGUUGAUCUAGUGCGGCGCCAUGCCGGAGUGCUAGGUCUCAGUGCCUGCAUUCUAUCCAGCCCUUAUGAUGUACCCACCUGGAUGCCACAGUUGCUCAUGGACCUCAGUGCCCACCUCAACGACACACAACCUAUUGAGAUGACUGUGAAAAAGACUUUAUCUAAUUUCCGCCGGACUCACCAUGACAAUUGGCUGGAGCACAAGCAGCAAUUCACAGAUGACCAGCUAGUGGUGCUCACAGACCUACUUGUGUCACCAUGCUACUACGCCUAGACAGGUGAAACGGGUCUUUUUGGAGGGUUGUUUUUUUGGUUUUUUUUAACUUGCGCACUGUUUGAGAAAGCAAAUAUUAAGAGGACAAGUAUAGGCAUGGAAAAGCAGAGUGAAGCAAUAACUUGAAUUUGUUGAGUCGGAGCAGGGGGAAAUUGUGUACGUACUGUAUGGAUUUAACACACAUUUUGCAUUUUUAUUAUGCUUAAUAUUUAAGGUUUAUCUGUGCAGGGAUAAAUGGCCUGCAAUCUGUUAUUGUACAGAUUUCUUUUUUUUUUCUGUAUGUGUGGACAUGAAUGCGUGAUCAAGGACCGACUGCCUGUGGAUCUGAUCUCCCAUUCGAGCCAUUCUUCCAGCCAUUUAUAUCUCAUCUCUUCAGAAGGUGCAAAGACAGGUUCAGAUAUGGAGCUGUUAGGAAAUCAGUUUUAUUAACUAUGGCUACAUUUCACACUGCAGGUAAAAGUGGCCCAUGUUUAACUUCUUCACGUAACGUACUUUUUACUAUGACCGUGUGAGUCUGUCUACCCUUCAUAUCUAUAUAACAUGGCAAUGUGAUGUCCGUGUGUACAGUCAUCGUACUUUUAGAUGAAGCCAACUAGCCUUGAGUGAAUGUGGAAAUCGUCCUCCUCAUCUUGGUAUUCUGCAGGAAGUUUAUGUCUGAAUGCACGUAUAGCACAGUUCUACCACUCUGGUCGUACACUUCUCUCCAUUGACAGUCACCAUGACUCCACUGAAAGCUGCAAACAAUCUUGGCUCACCUUUGUGCAUUUACAUUCACAGAGGUUUGUUUUGUAGCUGGCAUUGAUGUUAAGAACAGCUUCUAAUUAGUAGUUUCUAGUGUUGCUUGGCGAGGUGCCUGAUGUCAUUCUUUCACAUAUACAGGUCAGUUCAGGAAUGUGAUUCAGAAUAGUAUUCUUUAAAUUGUAGCUAAGAAAUAUCACAUGAACAGUAAAUCCACAAUGAGCACUUUAGCUUGCAAUGUGAAUGUAGUCCACUUUGAAUCAGCAGCCUUUAGAUUGACCCUUUCUUGAUCAAGGCCAAAUGAAGUCUAAAGGUAGCCACUGAGAGCUAUUGAGAUCCUCCAGUGUAUGGUAUGGUGAAAACGAGACCCUUUCAAAACCAGCAGCAUUGCAUAACGGACAUAGCAUUUUGUGUUACUGUAGUAUGUGAUUGAUGAUCAGUAGCUCUUUAUUGUCUGAUGGGGAUUCAGUUCUUGCAUAAAUCUCAGUUCACAUGCCAUCAUUAUUUUUAUCUCAUUCUUGUAUUUAUAUUUGUGUAUGUAUGUAUAUAUAUACUGUACAUAUGCACAUAUCUAUGCAUAAUGUAAGUAAUUAUUUCAAAUAGAUUUACAUGUGUCUACUGGAAAAGAGUUUUGCUAGAUGAAAAUGAAGCACCAGGCAGGAGUGAGUGGAAUUGUGUGUGUGAACUGAAAACAUUUGAAGUGCAUGGUGGUGUGCGCGUGCGCAUGUUCAUAGUUUAAUCAUGUUAUUUAUGUGGCAUGUGACUGGGGAUCCUCACAGCAUUCUCCAUCCAUACAAACCCUUUUUCCCCCCUCCUUGUUCCACCCUGUACUUGUAAGUCAGAUUGAUUUAAAAGCAGUAGUGUCCUCUGACAUGUUCAUAUACACACCCAUAAAGAUCUUUACAUUAUACCCUUUUAAGUCCAACUGGGAGUGAACCAUGGAUAGUCCUGUUCUGCAUUAUGGAACAUCCAUACUGGCAACACUGUGUAGCUUAGUGCCAAAACUGCAGUGAGGUUGGUUUCCCCCCCCCAUUUUUUUUAGAUGUACCAUUUGCUUGUUUUAUCUAAGAAUAUGCCAAUAAAAUGUUUUUAACAAAA